CGGAAGUUUUCAAACUGAACUGAAAGAAGAAAUAUUGGUGUCAACAUUUUUUCGCCUUCGGUGACGACAUUUUGCUGUCGAUACAUCACAGUAUGUAUUAAUCUGCAGUCUGAAUUAGUUUUGUCAAAAGACAGUACCAUUAUUACAAUGGCCAACCCAUUUGCUAGUGGCCAAGCAACUGGGGGUUUUGGACAACAACAAAGACCUGCAUUUGGACAGGCAAGCCCAUUUGGCCAGUCAGCUGGAUUUGGAACACCUAAUCCCCCAGGAUAUGGAUCUGGAGGUUUUGGUAGUACUCCAAGUGGAUUUGCCACUGGUGGAUUUGGUACAAGUGGUACAAAUCAGGCAUCUAGUGGAUUUGGUACAAGUGGUAUAAAUCAAGCAUCUAGUGGAUUUGGUACAAGUACCAACCAAGCAUCCAGUGGAUUUGGUACAAGUCAAACAUCUAGUGGAUUUGGUAUAAGUGGUACAAAUCAAGCAUCUAGUGGAUUUGGUAUAAGUGGUACAAAUCAAGCAUCCAGUGGAUUUGGUAACAUUCAGACUGGUAGUGGAUUUGGAACUUCUCACACUGGAAGUGGUGGAUUUGGAACAACAACCAGCACUCCUGGAUUUGGACCUCAAGGUUCUGUGUUUGGAGGUACAGGCUUUGGAACAAUGGGACCGCAAUCUGCCUCUGGUUUUGGUGCUGUGACGACUCCCUCUUUUGGAAGUGGAGGUUUUGGGACUCACACUGGGCCUGUUUUUGGUAGUGCAACAACAACAGCUGCCUCCUUUGGAAGUGGAGGUUUCGGAACCCAAUCUCAUUCUGGUUCUGGGUUGUUUGGAAAUACUGCCACAUUAGGAGGGUCUGCCUUUGGAAAUCAGUCCAAUACAAGCAAUGCAUUUGGUGGAUCUACUUUUGGAACAGCCACUCAAGCUAGCAGAACAUCAACUCAACCAAAGUCAUUUGGUGGUCCCACUUUUGGUUCCGUGUCACAAGCAAGUACAAUAGGUACUCCUUCAUUUGGAACUACAACUCAGACUAACAUGUUUGGUAUUUCCUCACAUGGAACAGCUUCUCAAACAAGCUCAUUUGGUAGUCCAUCAUUUGAAACCACAACUCAGACAAACACAUUUGGAGCUCCACCAUUUGGACCUACAACCAAACCAAGUACACUUGGAGGUUCUAGUUAUGCAACAGCUACUCCUGGAUCAGCUCAGACUAGAGCUCAGAUUUCAUUUGGAGGGUUUGGUAAUGAGACCUCCUCUGGUGCAACUACUUUUGGUGGAAGUGGUUUAGGAACAUCUCAGGCACCUUCUGUUUUUGGACAAACAACUCAGUCUUCUGUAUUUGGGGGUACAGGAUUACAAACAGGGUCAACAACAUUUGGUGGAGGAACUUUACCAGUCACCACAACAAGCUUACAUAGUACAAUAGGAUGGAAGGGUCUUGUAUCCUCUACUGGUUCCUUAAACACACAAACAACAGCAUCUUCAGGAAUAUUUGGUCAGACAGGUUCACAGUCUGUUGGGUCUGGUACAUCAGGCAUACAAUCUUCUGGUAUAUUAGGACAGGGAGGAAUUCAAUCAACAAAAGGACCAGAUUCCUUUAGUGCAGCGACAUCAGUGUCAUCUGGGCUGUUUGGACUGUCAGGAACAGCUGGUAAAUCUCUGAUAGGUGGUGAUGUGAUAAAAUCAGAGAACGCAAAGAACUUGUUUGGCAAACCAGAAUUGAAAAUGACAGCACCUAUAACUGAACUGAGUCCUCCCAGUACAGUAUUAUAUCCUGUAUCUACAACUACCACUGUUUUUGCACCAUCCAACAAGACUACAGAUUCUAUUUUUGGUGGAGUACAGUCUCAAGCAUCUACAUCAGGUUAUGGAAUGUUUGGGAAACCUGAUGUUACAGAUAAAGAAGAAAAGCUGAAAGUGUCAUCUAAAAAGAUGUUGUUUGGGAAACUUGUGGCUGGUUCAGGUGUUAGAAGAAGGUCAAUGGACCAAGCAGGAACCAGUUUUGACAAUGAAGACCAGACAACAAAGAGAAAACCUAGCAAAGAAAAUGAUGAAGAACCACAAUCAAAGAGACCAAUCAGAAGACUGUCUAGUGCUGAUGAAAUGUCUAGCAGAGUAGCAAUAGUCUGUAACUAUGUGCCAAAUAAAUAUAACAAUGUCUUUACCAUGAAGAAGCACUUCUCUAAGUUUGGUGAUGUAGCUAAAGUUUUUCCUAAUCCAAGGAAGUUCAUGACCACUAUACACUUUAAAACACAUGAAGGUGCAAGAGAAGCUAAAGCUAGAGGGAAAUUUCUGGACAAAGGUGUACGUCCAAUGGAAAUCUUCUGGAGUAGUUACAGACGAAGAUCGACCGAUGAAACUGACAGUACACCCAUCAAAAGAAAGAGUGAUCAUGAAUUUGCCAAUUUAAAGCCGACCACUAAAAGUGCCAAAUUCAAAUGGGCACAGAAUGAUUUAGAUGAUGAAUUAGCAGGUAUGUCAGGGACCAGUGAUAUAGCUACACAACAGAUGAAGGUAAUGGACCGACCUGAUGACCUUAAAGCUGGAAAGUCUUCCUUACCUGGCAGUCCUGUUAGACAUUCUAGUCCUGGUCCUUCUACAUCCAGGACAGCAGUUACCAUACCAACUAAUGUAGAUAAAGGAUCCUUGGCAGUUUUAAGAAAUACAGUAUGCCACACUUCAGCAGAUAGGUUACAGAUCCUGAAUCUUAGAGAUAAGAUUAUAAGGCUUGGAAUGAAGAAAACUGCAAAUCUAAAGUCAAAGGCAUUUGUUGGUACCUGUACAGAUAUGUGUCCUGAGAGAGAACGUUAUGAUAGGGAAGAGAAACGAAGAUUACAUGUGUAUGAAUCUCUGAACCCUGGAAGUUCAAAUCCUCAGGUAGAUCAUAGUAGGGCAGUGAAGGAGUAUAGCAGAUCCUCAGCUGAUCAGGAAGAACCUUUACCACAUGAGUUACGUCCCUUGCCUGCUUUGAUACUUACCAUGAAUUACCUACUGACUGAGAUUGCUGAUAGAGGAGAGGAUGGAAAAUGGGGAGAUUGGUUUGAUUUCCUAUGGGAUAGAACACGUGGAGUAAGAAAAGAUAUAACACAACAACAGUUGACUACACCAGAAAGUGCUGAACUUCUGGAGAAAUGUGUCAGAUUCCAUAUAUUCUGUAGUGAACGAUUGUGUGAGGAGGACAUGCAUACAUUUGACCUUAAAAUCAACAACGAAAAUAUGACAAAGUGUUUACAAACCUUGAAGGAAUUUUAUCAUGAUCUGGAUAAGAAACAGAAUGUGUUUUGUAGAAAUGAGGCAGAAAUAAGAAGUUAUAUGGUCUUAAUGAAUUUGAAUGAAGGGGACAUUCUCAGAGAAACUCAACAGUUACGACCAGCAGUGAGAAAUACACAGUACAUCAAUUUUGCUGUACAAGUCCAUUCUGCUUUAAACAGUAAUAACUUUGUACGGUUCUUCAAGUUGGUAAAAAACGCAUCAUUUCUUCAAGCUUGCAUAAUGCACAGAUAUUACACACAAGUUAGAAGUAGAGCUCUGCUGACACUUAUAAAGGCUUACAGACCUAAAUCACACUAUUCUCUUAAUGAGAUGGUGAGAUGUCUUGGAUUUGAGAGCAAGAUUGAAGCCAGAUAUUUCUGUAAGUUCCAUGGAUUGAAUGUGACAGAGGAGAUUGUUGUCUUAGAUAGGACAUCUUAUGUAGAGCCAGAAGAAUCAUGGCUGCCUAGAAGAUCUCAGAAUAUAAUAGAAAGUAAACUUAGUAGUUCUAUUGGUGAGGUGAUGAAUGGAGAACCUUUGUUACCUUUAAGUAUACCAACACCUAUAAAUAGUUUUGACGACAAUCACAGAUUUAUAGGCAAACUAGAUGUGAAUGUUUCUGAUAUAUCAGAGAUACAAACAAAGCCUGUAAUUCAGGAUAAACCUUCUGUACCUCAACCAGAGGUAGUUCAAGAGGUCAAACCUGAAAUAAAACCAGAUAGCGGACCACAGAAACUGCAAUACACUAAUGAUGAUGUAAAGGAUUUAGCCAAACAUUUAUUCUGGGAGGUAAUUGGAGAUAUGGCUAAAGAAGUUUCAGAAGAUCUGGUCCAAGGAGCUAUGAUGAUAUCUGCUGGAACACAGGAUGUUUGUGACAUUAUUGUAGAGGAAGUGGUCACAGAGUAUGUCGGGUCAUUGUCACAGUCAUACCACACUGAGGUGACAUUGUUAAAACAGAAGAAAGAUAAAGAUACAAUGAUACAGAAUUCUGCUGUCCAUUUUACUUCUGUUAUUAUAAAAGAUGUUGUGGAUCAAGAAGUCUUAAACCUGGCAACAGCAGAAAUAAGGGAAGUAAAGGCACAACUAAAGAAGGAACAGAUAGACAGAUGUGCUCUUGAAAUAUCAGAUGAACUUGUUGACCUUGUUAUCAAUGAGAUGUCUGAAGAGGUUGCUGAGGAAGUGUAUCAGAAGGAUGUUGUAGAGCGCCUUGAGGAGUUAGACGAUAUUUGUCACUGUAUUGAACUUCAGAGAGCUGGGAAAUUUCUUCAAAGAUGGAAGAAGGAGUACUUAGCUAGAAUUAAACUGAAACGAUCAAUGUUAGAAUUCCCUCCUGCAGUGGCAAUGGACAAUAAUUAUGAUUCAGUGAAGAAGUUAAUUCCUGAACGACAAAACGAUGUUUGUGAUAGCAAUGGAUUUUAUGUUAAUAAACUUGCUAAGUUGAAAAUUGACACUCCCGAACGAGAUUUAACCAAUAGAUGGGCAGUUGAUCUUAUGUUAAGUGCACAUGAGUUAUACAGAAAGAUUUGCCAUUUAAAGUCAUGGCAGCCACUGGACAUUGCAAUUACAGCUGGUUCACAGCUACAGAAACAUUUUAAAAGAUGUAAAUCUAGGACAUUUUAUUGGAAAUUAAUACUAUCACUCCCUGAUUUGAGGCUAUGUGGAAAUCAGGAGCAAAGAGAUGUAGGAGGACUGCUUGAAAAAUGGUUAAGGUCAAAGUUCACUAAAGGGAAGGAUGAAACAUCAACUGAUAAAGAUAAGGAUAUGUUAAGCCUGUACAGAACUAAGAUUCAUUGUAGUCACAGCAGUAUAGUUAAAGAUUUAGGAGUUUGUAUUAAAUCUGUAAAAAGUGAAGAACUCAGUCACAGUGACAUUCUUGGCACAAAUGGAAUAAUUUUUGUUCUCCCUCCUGGAGUAACUGAUGAUUUAUCUGCGGAGUACUGGGAAGAUGCCAGAAGUCGCCUACAGACAUUAUUACAGCUGAAGCCGUUAUAUCCACCCGUUCCUUUAGUGAUUAUGAUUCCUUUGUUAAUCAGUGAAGAUUUAGAUGAUUUAAUUUAUACUGGACUAGAUUUGCCAUCAUUUAUAGAUGAAGAUUUUGUGUCCAGUAUAUACCUUAGAACUAUCGAUCUUCAAGAUUAUGGUCGUUCAUUGGAUGUUACACAACCAGAACUCAACCAGGAGUUACAAGAAUGUGUCCAAUUUUUGGCAGAAGCUUAUCCUCCACAGCCAGACAUCGAACUCAAAUUUCUAAAAGAUUUUAUAGAUGAUUACAUACUUAAGAAAUUCUUUGGUCCAGUUUUACAAAACCUUAAACAAAGGAAACAGAAUGGUUUUCUGCAUCAGAUGCCAGAACAGUUGGUAAUAUUAUAUAAUCAUGUGAUCAGUCACAUGUCUAAAGUUUUAGCAUCAGAAACAUUGAAGGACCAAUCUUGGCCUGUUGCAGAAUUCUUCUCUACAAGGAAAACCAAUCUUUGUAUACCUGCUUCUCAUUGGAACACUGAAGAUCAUUUGUAUUGUAUAGAACAGUUAACAGAAUCCUUGCAGUUACCAUGGUUUCUGAAUGAUGAUUUUGAGAAAGAUGAUUGGUCAGAAAUAUGUGAAGUAUUGUGGAUUUAUAUUGACAAAGUCAUAGAUGACCAUUCAGGACAGGCCAAAAUAGACCUAUCAUCCAAGAUAAGAUUAAUUUUGAAGAACACAGAGAGAGAUUUUGAAGACAUUUGUUACUUAUUAGAGAAGGAGACUAGAUGUGAACCCUCACAUGAAAAUAUUCCCUGGACAGAUGUCAUAUCAGCUUGUGUAGACUACAAACUUACUGUUACCAAGUUUAAUGAUACACAACUCAAUGAUACGUAUGAAUUAUUGGCAGUGUACAUGAAGAAGGAACUGGAUGAUUACCGUCCUCCUGAUAGUUGGAAAUUCAUGGAAUCUGUCAAAGAUUUUAAUGUGACAACUUCAAUGAAAUCUUCAAUGCAGACAGCGAAAACUAAAUCAAAAGCAAAGAAAGCUGAAGAGAGUUUAUCCUAUGAACCUGACCGAGUGGACAAAACACAAAAUAAUGCUAACAUUGUUCUUGAAAUAGAACCUGAGUGUGUUCAGGCUGCUCGUAAAAUAUCCAUAUCACUGUCUUCUGAUCUUAAAAAGGAACAGAAGGAGUCAGACAAAUAUGAAGAGUUCCUGAAGAAUGCCUUGUUGAAUGGAGACAUGAGCAAUACUACAAUGCCUGAUAUCUCAGCCUUACCACCCUGGAGUGUGUUCGAUUCUCCAGAGAAAACUGUGUCUGGUGAUCAUGUACUCCUUGAAAGUUUAAGUGAACCUUUAAUAACAGAUGAAGUUGACAAACUGAAAAAAGAAAUAGAUUCAAACAGAAGAGCUAGUGAUUUGUUUGAAAGUCGGUUAAAACAAUGGUUAGAUAGUCCUGUAUGAUGUGUUCAACUUCUUUAUGAACUCAUAGGGGCAUUGUUAUUUAUGUUUGUGAACCAGAAUAUUGACUGAAUCAUACAGCUGGUUUGAUAAUUAAUGAUAAUGUAAACUUUUGGUAAAGGACUGAAAAUUUAUUGUGUUUCAUUUAUCAAAAUCAUGUUGUUUAUACAAUAGUGCUAUAGCAAAAUACAAUUUAUUCUGUUAUUCAUUUAUUGCAGCAGAACCAAAGAACAAGGGUUAGUUAUGCCCCAAAUAUGACUAAAAUAAGUUAAAUGAUGAUGAUCAUGUUGGUGUUAAUAAUUCAUAAUAUUAUGAACACUUUGUUUAAAAUUAUACAAAAAACAAAUUGUGUCUAGAACAUGGCCAUGAUCACAAAUUUCAAGGAAAACUCAAGAGUUAAUUGGUUUUGUAUCUACCCUGCAUCUUUGGACCAACUUAAAUAUAUAUUUGGUAAAGCUAUAUAUAUCUUUCUGUUAAAUAUAAUAUUUGUUGAUCCAAAUUUAAAGUUGCUGGUAUGCCGUCUAAAAAGCAAUUAUCAUGAAAAUCUGUGAAAAUUAAAUUUUGACCCUUUAUGGAAUCAUCCAAUUAUGUAAGCCAUAUUGAUUUGUUUUAAUAAACUAUAGAUAUUUA